CGAGCUGGCCGCUCCUCCUUCUGAAGCGGUUUUGCACCUCUUGCUGCCCGCGGCGUCGGCGUCGUCGGCGCUCACGCAGGGGCGGGUCACGGCGGCGCCAAGCGGGGCUGGGCGGGAAGGGAGGUCGUGGCGGUGUCGGUGUCGGCGGCAGGGACAGCAGCCACAGCGGCGGCCACAGGGACAGCAGCAGCGGUGGUGCUGUCAGUGAGGCCGUCGGAGAAAUGGGAGACCCCGGGCCGGAGAUAAUAGAAUCUGUCCCUCCAGCUGGGCCUGGGGCAUCCGAGUCCACAACGGAUGAAAAUGAAGAUGACAUUCAGUUUGUGAGUGAAGGACCAUUAAGACCUGUUCUUGAAUAUAUUGAUCUGGUCAGCAGUGAUGAUGAAGAGCCUGGCACCUCUCAUAGUGAUGGUAAUGUUAAGCAUAAAGACCAUAUUGACCAUCAGAAGGAUAAAGUUGCCUUAACUCUGGCUCGUCUAGCCCGCCAUGUUGAAGUGGAGAAACAGCAGAAAGAAGAGAAGAAUAGAGCAUUCAGGGAAAAAGUUGAUUUUCAGCAUGCUCAUGGGUUGCAAGAAUUGGAAUUUAUUCGAGGACAUUCUGAUACAGAAGCAGCAAAACUGUGUGUGGACCAGUGGCUAAAAAUGCCAGGACUCAAAGCAGGAACAAUUAAUUCUGGAACAAAAAGCUCAUUCCGAAGAGGAGGCCAAAUGCAGGUGUCUGGGAAAGCAAUUUCAUGUCCCAUAAUGCACUGUAAUAAGGAAUUUGAUAAUGGGCACCUUCUCUUAGGACAUUUGAAAAGGUUUGAUCACUCUCCGUGUGAUCCAACAAUUACACUACAUGGACCUUCCAUCAAUUCCUUUGCUUGUGUAGUAUGUUAUAAAAAUUUUGUUACUCAACAACAAUAUAAGGAACACCUUUUUUCUAAGGAAGCUGCAGAUGAUGGACAUAAAAACAACCUUCUUCCUCAGAUUAUUCAGUGUUUUGCAUGUCCAAAUUGCUUCCUUCUUUUUAGCGGCAAGGAUGAGUGUAUGAAGCACAUGUCUGGAAAGAAUCAUUUCCAUCAGCGUUUUAAACUGGGUGAUGACAAGAGAAUAGCAUAUCCAAUAUCAUUUCCAUCUUUUGCAAAGAAACUUUUGAUCUCUCUGUGCAAAGAUGUUCCAUUUCAAGUUAAGUGUGUGGCCUGCCACCAGACACUGCGUUCCCAUAUGGAGCUCACUGCCCAUUUCAGAGUUCGUUGUCGGAAUGCUGGUCCUGUAGCUGUAGCUGAGAAGAGCAUUGCCCAGAUUGCAGAGAAAUUCAUAUUAAGAGGUUAUUGUCCAAAUUGCAACCAAGCCUUUGUGAAUGAAACCAGUACCCGAAACCAUAAGCAAAAUUUAGGACACAAAGUCCGAGUCAUUAACUCAAUGGAAGAAUCAGUCUUACUUUAUAGCUACAUCAGUGAAGGGAAAAAAUCUCCUUCUGACUUGAAUCUAUUGCUAGAUCAAUCGAAAUUUUCAUCACUUAAAAGAACUAUGUCUUUCCAAGAAUCUAACUCACAAGAUUGCAGUACCAUUCCAAAAAAGAAGAUGAACUUAGAAGAUAAAAGCCACGAAGGUACGGUUUGUGUCCAGGAAGGAAAGUCAGUUGUUAAAACCUGGUUUUGUGAAUGCCAUCAACGAUUCCCAAGUGAAGAUUUAGUAGAAAAGCAUGUUUUCUCAGCAAAUACAAUGUGUUUUAAGUGUGUGGUCUGUGGAAAGGUAUGUGAAGAUUCAGGUGUGAUCCGUUUACAUAUGAGUCGGAUACAUGGAGGGGCACAUUUAAAUAACUUUCUUUUCUGGUGUCGAACGUGCAAAAAGGAGUUAACAAGGAAAGAAACUAUCAUGGCACAUGUGACUGAAUUUCAUAGUGGUCACAGGUAUUUUUAUGAGACAGAUGAGGUAGAAAGUGAAACUUUGCCAUCAUCCUCUACAACAUUGGGGAGUAAUUUGACUGUUAAGAAUCCUUCUUCAACUAUUGCUAUUGUUGAUCAUUCCCCACCAAACAGUCCUCCAAGGGGUAAAUGGCAAUGCCGAAUCUGUGAAGAUAUGUUUGAUUCCCAAGAAUGUGUAGAACAGCAUUGCAUGUCUUUAGCAAGUCACAAGUUUCAUAGAUACAGCUGUGCCCAUUGCAAAAAGACUUUUCACAAGAUAGAAACACUUUACCGACAUUGCCAAGAUGCACAUGACAAUGAAAUAAAGAUUAAGUACUUCUGUGGGCUUUGUGAUCUCACCUUUAAUGUGGAAGAAGCAUUUUUGAGUCAUUAUAAGGAGCACCACAGCAUAGAUUAUGUGUUUGUGCCGGAAAAAACUGAAAUUUCAAUUAAAACUGAGAAUGAUUUUCCUGUGCUAGAGACUGGUAAUCUGUUAACCUGUGGUUGUCGUGAGAGUUACACCUGUAAAUUCAACAGAAGGGAAGAUUAUAGUAGAUGUCUCCAAACGAUGCUGGAUAAAGGUAAAUUGUGGUUUCGCUGCAGUUUGUGUUCAGCAACAGCACAGAAUGCAGCCGACAUGAACACUCACAUCCAUCAAGUGCACAGCGAAGCAAAGAGGGUGGAGGAGGAGCAGCAGUAUGUAAUCAAGUGUGGCACCUGCACCAAAGGGUUUCAUGAUCCUGAGAGUGCUCAGCAGCACUUCCAUACAAAACAUUGCUUCUUAACGAAAGCCAGUGUGGCGCAUUUUGGAUUUGAAAAAACCAGCCCGUACAAGUUUGCUGCCAAUGCCUCACGUACAGAGAGAAAACUGAAACAGACGGUAAGCUGUCCAAAAAAUUCAGACAUGGAGAAAGGAGCCGAGAAUGACCUCAGCUGUCAGAAUAUAGAUGAAGUUGUUGAGCUUCCAGAUUUGGAUUACCUGCGAACCAUGACUCAUAUAGUAUUUGUAGAUUUUGAUAACUGGUCCAACUUUUUUGGUCAUCUACCAGGGCAUCUUAACCAAGGAACAUUUAUUUGGGGCUUUCAAGGAGGAAACACCAAUUGGAAGCCUCCACUCAACUGUAAGAUCUAUAAUUACCUGAAUAGGAUUGGAUGCUUCUUCCUUCAUCCUCGUUGUAGUAAAAGAAAAGAUGCUGCUGAUUUUGCCAUAUGUAUGCAUGCUGGCCGUCUAGAUGAACAACUACCCAAGCAAAUUCCUUUCACCAUCCUCUCAGGAGAUCAAGGUUUUCUGGAGCUAGAGAAUCAAUUUAAGAAGACUCAGAGGCCAGCACAUAUACUAAACCCUCACCACUUAGAGGGUGAUAUGAUGUGUGCCUUGUUAAAUAGCAUAUCUGAUACCACCAAAGACUGUGACAGUGAUGACAACCUAGGUAUAAAAAGUACUCCAAUGGAAGAAGAUUUCAGAUCCACAGAAGAUGUAGAAUUAGAAGAAGCUAUUAGAAGAAGCCUUGAGGAAAUGUAAUUAAAGAGCAUCAAGUAGCCUUGAAGAUACUCAGGAUAAUGAAUUCUUGAAUUUGUUUUCUAAAGAAGGCCAGCAAUCUACUAACUAGUACAGAUGUAUUUGGAACACUGCUUUUUUUGCUUUCUCAUGUUCAAAAUUUUAUAUUUGCUUUGUAUUUUUGUGCUCUUUUUUAAAAAUGUAGAGGAAUAAAAUACAUGUUAAUACAAAUAUAUAAACCAUGUAUUCUAUUAGAGGUAUGACAGUUUCCCAGUUACCUUGGAAUUCCUAUAUUUAGGUUAAAAGAAUUGAAAAAUAGAAAAGCUCUUGACUAUUGUUUAUAUGUUUCCCAAAUAGCAUUAUUUCUUUACUUGUAAAGUACAGGUGAUUCUAGUUUUUUUGGGUUUUUUUAGGAGUGAAAAUGAAAAUAAAUAAAGCUGCCAUAGAUUAGUUUUUCUGUAAAUUCUACUUCUCAUAUGGCACUAAUCUAUGUAUAUAAUUACCUUUGAUUUCUCUGCUUAUGAUUAUUAGAAGACAGUAAUAGAAACUAAUUGUGGAAAUAGUUUAAAAGUGUUACCAGCAUUGUUCUUUGUGGAUUUCACUCAAAGGUGUAAUUCCUGCUUUAAUUAGAGCAGCACAUUGCUGGAAUAAAAAGAACACCCUAAUUUCUUUGAAAUAAUUAAAAAGAAACCUUUUCUAUUCCUUUUACUUGCUUAGACUUUUAUGUGACUUGCAUUACCUACUGUUUAAAGGGAAUGUUGUCAAAAUACUUGCAUAGAAUUAAACUUAUUUUUAAUAAUAUUAGUCUUUUUUAUAUAUUUGUGUAAACAUAAUCUUAAAAAAAUAAUGUUCCAGGUCUACUCAGGAAUAAUCUUCCUUAACCCUUUAAAAAUUUUAUUUCAUAUGUAAGUAUCUUCAUUUUGUUAUUCAUUGAAUUGUUUUUCAGUUUGCUACAUUUGGUAUUACAUAUUUAAUUUUUAAAUGUUGAGGCCCCCCAUUGUGAAUAAUUAAAAUAUUACAUAAUUAGACUAAGAAGGGCAGUCAUACUGUCUUUAUGUAUAUGCUUCAUGUCAUUUGACCAGAAAUGUUAUCCCAAAAUUUUUGAGUAGUAAUUGCUUACCAAAUUGAAAAUUUUCUAUAAUUUUUUUAAAGAAAAAAAAAUCAUGGCUAGAAUUUUGUUCUUUUUCUGCAGUUACAUAUUUUAGUGUGAAAUCACAUUGCUAUAUUUUUUAUUACAGCAUAGUCUUUUUACAGUAUAGUCUUUUCAACCCACAUUGGAAAUCAAUUUAUGUUUUUAUUUUUUAAGAUAUCAGGUCUAGCCCAGCCGGCGUGGCUCAGUGUGUGGGCCUCGACCCAUGAACCAGGAGGUCGCUGGUUCAAUUCCCAAUCAGGACACAUGCCUGGGUUGUGGGCUGGAUCUCCAGUAUGGGGUUUACAGGAGGCAGCUGAUCCAUGAUUCUCUCUCAUCAUUGAUGUUUCUCUCUCUCUUCUUCUCCCUUCCUCUCUGAAAUCAAUAAAAAUAUAUUU